AUGGGAUCCAUUCUUGGUGCGCGGAUGCAAGCUGUGCACGCUCCGCACACUCGACAAGCCCAAACCUUUGGCUACCUAGUACUUGUACUAACUAGUAGCAACGGCAAGGAUGCAGGCAGGGAAAAGGGCGAGAGCGCAUCCGGAAGUCAUAGCACACAUAAUAGUAAUAUGCGGAAGUCACAUGAAACGGAGCAAGGAAUGUACUGUGGUGGUGGUGGUGGUAGUGGUAGUGGUGGUGGAGAGGUGUGCAAGUCGCGCAUUCAGCCAGGCAGGAGGCAGGGCAAGACAGGGCAAGGCAGUCAGGCUGAGAAACGGGCAGACGGGCGGUUAGGAAGGCUCAUCAAUAAUGGGACCAUCACGCACCAUUACACAGUAGACACCACCAAACCAUUACUACCAAACUGCCACCAGACUCUACCGAGCUAG